GUAGAGACGACGUUUUCGCGUCCACGUCGGUCAGAAGAGUCGACUGUUUUCGAGUGUCGUUGCUACGCGUCAAGGGUACAUAGAUCGUGGGAGGAGGUGGAUGGCAGUGGAACUGCAGUGCGGUGGCUCCAUGCAUCGUAGCGGCUGAUUCCUACGGGGAAGCAAGUGGUAUAAGAGGUCCAGCCUCUUGGAACAGACGAGCAUGAGUGCUCGUGGCUCGUGGACGCGUGCAACGACGCGUGUGUCUCCUCGAUAGCGACGUCGUUCGCUGACGUCGUCGCCUGACGUCAUUGGUUCCGGCGGGAAAAUCGACGAUAACCGCAAACGCCCACUGGAAACAUGGACAGAGAGGACUUCUUGGUCAACCUCCACUACCUGCCGAUCAUCCUGUUCAUUUCGUUGCCUUCCGUUUUCAUUUUGACUUACGUAAUAGCAGUGCUGUUGGGCCACGUGGAGGCGACUUUUCCUUACAUCUCGGAUACGGCUGCCUACGCACCGGAAAGCUGCAUAUUCGCCCAGUUUAUCAACAUGAUCGCUAUGUUCAUGUCAUUCGUGAUCUACAUACGGUAUUCCAUAGUGAAGGAAUGCUCUGAUACCUACAAUCUGCAAGCUUCUCUACCAAAAUGGAAUUACUGGGCUUUAAUAUUUGGCCUAACGUCAACCUUCGGCCUCACCGUGGUCGCGAAUUUUCAAGAGACUUCCAUGCUCGUAGUGCACUUUGUCGGUGCUCUUCUCUGCUUCGGUGGUGGCACCCUAUACUUUUGGUCACAGGCUGUGUGUUCGUUCUACAUGCAUCCACUUGGAUGUUCGUUGAGACUGGCGCAUCUACGGACGGCAUUGUCCACCUUUUGCACCGUUUGUUACACCGUGACCAUCGUCACCGCAAUACUGUCAAACUUUGCCUAUGAGGGUAAGAACCCUCGAAAAUGGCACAAGGAAGACGGUGGUUGGGAACUGCACGUGGCUAGUACGAUCGCGGAGUGGAUGUGCGCGACGGCAUUCUGCGUGUACAUUUUGACGUUCAGCAACGAAUUUCGAAACAUCAAACUGAGCCAUCCGAAGGUGAUAUACACCCUGAAUCGAACAAGCCUGAGCACCGAGGCAAUAAGUGAGAGCCAGGACUCCGUUGUAGGUCACAGUCGAGACCCAACAACGAUUACUUGAUCGCUCAUAGGCAGAGGCGCCGGUGGUUACGUCAAUCUCCUCUCUCACUCUCCAGUGAACACCCCGUGUCCCGGUUACAGGUACCGUGAAUCUCGAGAAGCCCUUUUGGACGAAGUCGCGCCGCUUGUACCGACGACACCACCCGCGACCUGUGAGAUCGAGGGGAGAACCGACGUCCUCUGCCCGGUGCAAAUACACGUGCAUGACCCGAUGAUACGCGAGCGCCGACGACAAACAAGCGAACAGGACGACGUGGAACAGACGCAGAAACGGGGUGAGGAUCGUUCGAAGAAUUGGAUCGACCUGGAUGAGAACGUCUUAGACGGCUACAUACUGAUAGACGAUUCCUGUCUCGAAUCCGGUAUCGUACCCGACGAAUCGCAGGAACUACCUUACCCAGAAGGGGCCAUAGACAUAGACGACGAGAACGACGACGCUAACAGCCACGGUAAAGACGAGUCUUCGAUUUACAGCAGAGCGAGACGAGAAGGGUCGAGGAUACUCAGAGAAGAAUUCGAUCAAAGCUCCACCUAUCCACUGGCGAACAGCCACGAGAACGCUUACAAGGAAUCCAGCAGUCACACCAGGUACACCGAGCUAUACUCGGAAUUGGCUAUCAGGAAUUAUCUGGAGGCUAAUCGCGACGAAGUCGGUAAUUAUUCCGUGGCCAACAGUCAUGGCGAUCACAGCAUGUCAUCGGAGAACAGAGAACGAAGCCUCAGGGAGAACGUAGAGACUGAUCAGCUAGCCUGGGACACUAGACAAAAUACCAACUACGAGGUAGCUAAUAGUCACAGCAAUUACAGGGUGUUUUACGAUAGCCAAACGCAGCAGAGGGAGCUGUUGCAGGCGGUCGGUUGGCCGAUAGAGUCCUGGAGAGAACAUCUGAUCGCUAAUAACUACGUAUUGGAAGACCAAAAGCAGCAGUCGGAGAAUCCCGAGCACGUGGCUACCGACGAGUCCACGAAAACCAGGGUGCCGGAAGCGAGAAGUAAUCCUAGCUCUGAACCAGCCUGCGAUAUCGAACAGUGUCUCGUCCAGAUAGAGGAGAGUCUCUUGAACAUCGAGCAGAAUUUGCUACACGUGCAGGACCUCGAUAUACCGGAAUUGAGGAAUCUUUUGUACAAAAGUCCAAGCAUCGAGAAAAGUCUUUACGACGUUCAGGACCUUCUCUAUUCCGACGGUAUCGUUCCUGUAAUAAACAAGAGGAGGUCCUCGAACCACGCGUCUGACGACAAAGACGAGAACGAGGAAGAGGAGGAAGAGGAAGAGGAGGAAGAAGAAGUUUGGGAAGCUCGCAAGAUAACCGUGAAAGACAACGACAACGAGGACGACGACGCUGGUGCUGGCGUUUUCGACGCCUCGAACGAAGAAUCGUCAGACACGGCCAACAUAGACGACAACAAUCAAUCGGGAUCGAUGGAAGAUCGCUCGAACAACGACUGCGUGGACAACUCGACGAUUUUUCGAGAAGAGGUCGCUGAAGAUCCGAAUUGCAACGAGAAGGCCAUGAAUUUCAUUCCGAACAGCCUAAACAAAACUCUGCCUAGGAGAAUCGUCCUCGACGAGACCAAGGAGAACAUCAGGCUCUGUUCCUCGGGACCCGAGGAAACGACGUUGAUCGACUACAACCUGAACACCACGUGCGCCGAGAAGAAGCUGUUCUGUCUCGACAAGUGUCACAGUAGGACGAACUCUUUGGACGAGAAUUCGACGUUCUCGAAUUUGGAUUCCACUGACAAACGCGAGCCCGGGAAGAGCUCUCUGCAGAACUUGCUGUUCGAGUCGACGAACGGCAACUUCUUGGACUUUCCCGGGAAAGCGAGGUCGGAAGAAAUGCUGCAGGCAUCUCAGAACAGAUAUCCGAAAAUGAACAAGAGGUCAGACGACAACCGUCGAUCGAUCUUGCAGACGAAACCGGAGGAUUUUCGUAGGAAACUCGAGUCCAUUGGUUCCAAUCGACGAUUCACCGAGCAGAAAAGCGUGAACGAGCAGAAGAGAGGAAAGAUUGCGAAAGAAUCGAGCGUAAACCUGCCGAAUGCAAGCGAAAAGUCACCCAACAGAACCAGGCGUAGCACGGUCUCCGGCGACAAGGUUCAGGACAAGGACAGAGACUCGAAUGGCGGUAAAAGUUCCGACAAGAGAAAGAGAAAGAAGAUAUCGAGCAGAAGUCAAAGUUCCUCGGAGAACGCGUUAGUGCCUAGCAAACUGAUCUCUCUUUCGCUAUCUCUUCUCCUCGCGGCUCUAUUGCAAGCAGUCAGGUGUCUGACGGACCUCGUGGAGGACGCGUUCAGGUCCGUCAGCUGCGACAGAAGCGGCCUAUUGCAAUAACGCUAUUCGCGAACGGUUGUCGUCCGGCACGAGAACCAUUCAUAGCAUUAGUGGCAUCCGCGAGAUAUCGCGUAAGAAUGGUAACGUUAGAUGGCACUAACUACCUUUAUUUUUCGUCGCACUUCCACACGGAUACUUCCUAUCGAAUACUUCCCGUCCAAGACCAGGUUUCUGUCAAGGUGACCGUCGUCCUGUUCUACCAGUAAGACCGACAGUAAGAAUGUUCUUUCAUCGGUGUUUAGGAAUUUUUAGACUUUUCGCUCAGCCUUCUGAAUGUGAUUAGCGUUGCAGUGUCGAGUAAACCCGAUGUGUAUAAAACUACCGACCCGUUCGAACUCCGAAACGUACGUAGACAUUAGCGAUAGCCGAGAAGCAUAGCAGACGUUCUACUUUAUCGAACAACAUUCACGAGAUACGCGGAAAUACCGUCAAUAACGAAAAGCUGGAUAUUAAUCGUAAUCCGUGUCACCUAUAAUACUCACCUCGAACUUGCGACGUUUGCCAUAGGUGUUUCCCUCGCAGAGUUCCAUUGUAAUUACCGAUGACAACCAAAGCAACCGUCGCACGCGAUCAAUUCCGAUUCCGUACAAUUGAUACAGACGACACGAUUUUUCGAACGAAUCGGACGCAUGGUCCGUGCAAUGUCAUAUCGUUAUUAGAAAUCCAACCAUCACUCAUGUCGGUAUCACGCACGUGUGAACGUCGCUCUUCGGUUCUACCAUCGAUUCCACGAAAUCACCGAACGGAUCAAAGAAUCGUAUCGUCUGAACUAGCAUCUAGCCAGGUCACCUUAGCAGACUACCCAGUGAAACUGGUCUUGGAUCUCGCGGAGGGAGAAGGUCAUCCUAAUCCAGUGACUUCCGACCACGAUGAACCUAUGAUUUGCAACCAUAAACGUCCAGAAGCUGCAGCUGAUGUCUGUGAUAAACGCUAUGCUUACGACCCACGAUUAUGUUUUUACACGAUACGCUUGCAAUACGAGAAAAAUUUUAAUCGUAGGUAAAGAUACGACUCGUUCGUUGAUAUACACGCUCGUUCAAUAAGAAUCCGCAGCCUUCAGGCGGAGAAGGAAGACAGACAUUUUCCCUAUUUUUUCUUCGUUUUAACCUGUUCUUAUCUUCUUUCCUUUAUUCGUAUCAUCGAGAAUCCGAUGGAAUGGUGCUAUCGCGUGCAACCGCCGAGACGCGAAAAGUUCGCGCAGAAACGAAAGCGAGGAUAGCGUCCCAUUGGGACGCGAUCAGAACUUUCUACGAGCUUCCAGAGAAGGUGUUUACGGAUCGCUAGACGGGUAUGUGCCAGAAACGAUGACACGGCGUGAAACGAUAGUGCACGAUAAUAGAAAGAAGAAUGCCGCAGAUAAGUCUUAUCGAUGGAGCAAAGUACGGGCUAAGCAUGUUACGGUAUUUAGCACCGCGUACGUAACGUUCUAAAGUGCCUAAAACUCGUCGCGUAUCGCGGGUACGCGAGGUGCAGUACAUAUUUGUCUAAUUGAUUAAACUUUAAUCUAACGAUUUAACGCUACUUAUGUCUACCUAUCGUAAGCCUCUUUUUUCAAGGUGUAACACGUUGCUGAGAGGACGAGGAAAAAAGUAAUAUAUAUGAUAAGAAAAGGAGAGAAAAAAAAAACAGAAAAUAAAGA